AAAGCAGAAGAGGUGGGUAUAGAAAUGAAGAAACCCACAAACAUUGAUCAGCAACUGAGAGUGGAGAGAGAGGUGACACAUCAGCUACAGGAGCAGCUCUCUGAUGUUCGAGUUGAAUACUGCACUGUAUUGAAGUCAUUGAAAGAGGCUCACACUCUCAUUGAUAAGCACAUUGAUACUGCAAAGGAAUCGUCAAUUCGUGAAUUGUCACUGAAAGAAAGAGUGAGUGGGUUAUCCAAUGAAGUUAAGGAAUUAAAGGGACAGUUAGCUGCAUUGGAAGAGGAGUCUGGCAAGGACAAGCAAAACUUAAUAGCCGAAUCUAAUCAACACAAGAAAGAGUUAUCUGAUUUAAGGCAGCGUUUGAGUACACUACAGGGAGACUAUGCCAGCUUGCAGUUGAGUAAUGAGGAAUUAGAAUCAGAGAAGAAACAUCUUAUUAGCAGGAAAACUGAAAAUGAAUGCAUCCUUGAUGAUACAAAGAAACAGUUAAAUGCUGCAAAGGAAGAGAUUGAGAUUAUAAGAGAAAAGUAUUUAUGCAUAGAGAAGGAAAGAGAUGAGCUUAAGAUGAAGUAUAAUGGAGAGAAUAAAUGUGACAAAGAGGUUCAGUGUGAUUUAGCUUUAGAAGAAGGUGCCGUUCUUCAUAAGAGAUUGCCAUUGUCACAGGAUCUUCUUGAAUCCCCUCCACUGAAAAGACUCAAGUCAAGCAGCAGUGAAUAUGGAGAGUCAGAGACUCCCACCAUUGCAUCUGUUGAAGCUCAGGUACAAGACACAAUGGAUCAAAUCAUUGAGGCUGCAACAGCAAAGUUUAUAGAACUCAGUCCAGAGGCUUUGAUGAAGGAAACUGUAGUAGUGGAUACAAUUGAGUCUGAUGAAAAUGUUAAGGGAAAUGAGGUUGAACUUGGAGAGGUAAAGGUCAUUGAUGUUAGCCCAGCUCCUAUGGCAACCAGCACUCCUUCUGAUGUAACAGAAGAUAAUAUUAUGAUUCAGAAAAUUGCUUCACACUCAUUGACUUUGACACCUAAUAAAGCUACUAGUGAUAGUAAAGCUGUAUCCUCUGUUGGCCUUGCUUCUGAAAUAAAGACAUCAUUGAUGAAUAAUUUUCCAACGUUAUCUAAGAGUUUAACUGCUACAGAUACUGUGACUGCUCCUGGUUCUAAUGCAUUGACUGAGGCUCAUUCUAAAGCUCAAGUAGCUGAAACCAAAAUACCCCAUACCACUUCUAAUACUACUGCUCCUAAUACUAGUAUUGCUAGCAUUGCUAGUGCUAAGACUCAUUCAAAAGCUUUAGGAUCGUCAGAAGUUGAGAUUAUGUUCUCUGACAAUGAUGAUGAUGAUGAUGGGGAUUUGAUUGACACACAGUUAAGCAAGGAGAUAGAAAGAGCUCAUUCGUUGCUUCUUAAUGAUAGACUCAAGAGAUCAAAAUAUCAUAAAAAUAAGACCAUUAUUAAAUAGACUAGCAUGCAAAAAUCACCAAACUACCUGACCAAACUUCACCAAGAUUGUAUUCAUUAUUCAUUAUGUAGAGCUAGUUUAUUAAUAGUUAUUUAUUCAUUACUCAUUAGUGGGUCAAAGUAAA